UUAUGACACUAACCAAAUUGAAUAAUGCACGAAGGCCCAGUAACGAAAAAGAAUAAAGUAUGUGCUAGGGGAGGAAGUCACAUCUUAUGAAGAUAGGUUUAAAAAAUUUCAUGAGUAAGGUAAUAUGUACUAAAUUACUUUAUACCUUAUAUUCUAACCUUAACCCUAACUCUAAGCCUAACACUUACUCCAACCAUACCUGGCCUAUAUCUACAGCUAUUAAUACAACCCUGUAUACACCCAAUCCCUAAUCCAAAUCCAAAGCCUAGCGCUAACCAUAUCUGGCCUGUAUCAGCAGCUAUGAAUAUAUUCCUCUAUAUACCCAAUCCCUAAUCCAAAUCCUAAUCCUAACGCUAACAAUACGUACCUUGCCUAUAUCUGCAGCAAAUGAACGAACGAGUGAGGCAAGCCGCCAUCUUGAAAGGUGGCAAAAUUGACGAUAUUUACGACUAAAAAGCACUCUUCCAACCUUCUUUUCUUGGUAUGGAGUUUGCAGGUAUCCACGAAACAUGUUACAACUCCACUAUGAAGUGUGAUGUUGAUAUCCGUAAGGAUCUUUACGCUAACACCGUUCUCUCUGGUGGGUCCACCAUGUAUCCUGCUAUUGCUGACAGAAUGCAGAAGGAAAUCACUGCUCUUGCCCCUCCCUCAAUGAAAAUCAAGGUUAUUGCUCCACCAGAAAGAAAAUACUCUGUCUGGAUUGGUGGCUCCAUUUUGGCCUCUCUUUCCACCUUCCAACAGAUGUGGAUCUCGAAACAAGAAUACGACGAAUCUGGACCUUCGAUUGUUCACAGGAAAUGCUUCUAGAUUGCUUUUGACGUUUAAUAGUUAAUUAAAAAUAUAUGAUAGAGUUUGUUUAUUUUUAUUUUUAUCCCAACGCUUUCGUAUCAAAGGUCCGCAUUAAAAAAAGGGAAAAUAUUAUGGAGUUUGUUGACUAACGUAGCAUUAAAGUUUAAAUAAAUAAAGCUUUUGUUGGUUUUAUUUACUUCCUUCGUUUGUAUAAAGACCUGAUUUUCAAGUGUUCUUUAUUUAUAUCUGUAAAGUUAUUUGAAUUUUAAUUUGUCAAAUUUUGAAGAUUGAACACAUAAUUGAACAACAA